AUGGAAGAUCCUGAAACCAACGUCUCUGAUUCAACAGCGGAGAAUAUUGAAGAGUUAGAUCAUGAUACUUAUACUAGUGAAAAUCAAAAAAAAAGGGGCAGACCAAGAAAUAUACUUUGGAAUAAUCACUUUAAUGAAAUUAAUAAUAAGGGUGACGGUCAUAGAGGUUGGAAAUGUUUAUAUUGUAACGAACAAAAUCCACGUGCAUCUGAUAUAAAUAUGAAUACGCAUUUGGCGUUAAAUUGUAAAAAAGUUCCACUUAAUAUUAAGCAAGAACUUUUACGAAAAUUUCCUGUACCAAAUCAAAAAAGAAAAACAGAAAGAGAUAUUAUUACUGGUGUACAACCACGAAUUGAUAGUAAAUUUCAAGCCAUAAAUAAAAUAGAUUCUGGACAAGAAGAAUUGUGUCACAAAUCAUUAACUCGUCUUUUUGUAUGUUGUGGAAUUCCUUUUUGGAUUGUCGAGCAUCCAUUUUUUUUAGAUUUUUGUAAAAAUUUAUGUAUUUCAUACAAACCACCUGAUCGAAAAACUUUAAGCAAUGAUUGGCUUAAUUCUGAAACAGCACGGAUUACAGUCGCUAUGGAAAAAGAGCUUCAAAAUGAAAAUAAUCUUACAUUAG